CUCACGGCGAGGUCAAGUUCUAACAUCCCACGUUCACGACAAACACAAUGGCAGCCCAGAUCCAACUCCACGGCCGCCUGGACGCAACGCCAGCCUGGGCCUUGGGCCCCUCCCGCCCCCAGCGGCCCUUUCGCGCGCUGCACGCCUUCGCGGAACGGUGCGACAAGGUCCAAGUGACCUUUGCGCUGCUCGGCGCCGGGCGGCGGUUCGGCCUCGUCGGCGCGGGGCUGAGCACCGCCGAGGUCCACCUCCUCGCUGAGGCGCUCAACGCGUGUACCCUCGACACGCUGAGUAUCCAGAUCCAAGCCAGCGCCGAGGGCUACGCCGCGCUGCUGGCCCUCACCCUCCCGCUCCGCUCGCUCGCCAUCCACGCCGUCGACGCGCGCAUCGUGCCCGCCGUCGUGCGCCUGCUGGGCCGUAAUGGCCCCAUCGGGAGCCUGACGCUCGAUGUGCGCAUGUGGCCGGACGACGAGCGCGCGAUCGCGACAGCGAUCCGCAGGCGCACAUCGCACGCACCAAUACGCAGCGUGCACCCCCCGCUCAGCGGCACCGAGGACCUCGUGCGCGCCAACCUCGCGGUCGUGCGCGGCGCGCGCAAGGCCGCGAUGCGCGCGCUCGUCGUCGGCUGGGUCCUCAUCCACGCGCGGGACGCUGCCACCGCCGCGCGCCGCGGAUCAGCGGGUUCCCCCAAGGCGGGCAGCCCGACGGCGUGGGCGGCUGCCUUUAGCUGGUCCGUCCUCUCCGCGCGGCAGAAACACCCGGCGCUCCAGCACAGGGGGUACGAGCGCCUCGACUCGCUGCCUGCCCCCUCUGCACCGCCUAGCCCGCCGCCCACGUCACCGCGCCCUCCGGCAGCUGUGCUCCGCCUGCCUGCCGAGCUCCGCUUCCGCAUCGCGCUCUUCGCUGCGGACGCCGACGGCGUGCUCAGCCCAGAACAGGAGCGCAGGCUCGCCACUGAGGCUGCUGACCGCGCCGCGCUGGCCAAGGUCUCGUGGACGGAGGCGGAGCGCGGGGCGGCGCGAGAUCGCUGGUUUUGGGCCGGCGGCAUGUGA